AUGGCUACAUCAAUAUCAGAAAAGAAGUCUCAUGAAGUGGAAGAGAUCAAUAUCGAUCAUUUAGAGCCAGUUCCUGGAUCUGUUGAACAAUUUGAUGGAAAUUUCAAUCCACAGUUGGAAAAAAAGAUGUUACGUAAAAUGGAUUUAGUUAUCCUACCAAUAAUUGGUUGGGUUUAUCUUAUUGCUUACUUGGAUCGUUCAAACAUUGGUAAUGCGGCUUCAGCUGGUUUAAUAGAUGAUCUAGGUUUGUCAUCUACACAGUACAGUGCUGCCAUUAGUUUAUUUUAUGUUACUUAUAUCUUGGUGGAAGUUCCAUGUUCUAUUGUUUUCAAGAAAGUUAAACCGGCUAUUAUGCUUGCAACAUUAACUUUAUCUUGGUCUUUAGUUGGUAUUUUUUCAGGUUUUGUUAAAAGCUUUGGUGGGUUGGUUGUUAUUAGACUAUUACUUGGUUUAAUUGAAGGUGGUUUAUUCCCGGCUUUAACAUUAUAUUUGGCUUCUGUUUAUCAAAGAGGUGAGCUUGCUUAUAGAGUUUCAUAUUUAUUCACUGCUGCUGCUUUGGCUGGGGCAAUAGGUGGUCUUUUAGCGUAUGGUUUAUUGAAAAUGGAUGGUUUGCAUGGAUUAAAAGGGUGGCAAUGGUUGUUUAUCAUUGAAGGUUGUAUUUCCGUUACUGGUGCUAUUCUUGUUCUUUCUGCUUUACCAAAUGAUAUGACAAAGGCAUGGUUCUUAAAUGAAGAGGAACAAGCAUAUUAUUUAAAGAGAAAACAAAUGCAAGAAAUGAGUUUCAUUAAAGAUCAAGCUCCUCCAAAGGAAGAUUCUAAAGAUAUCAAAGCUGCUUUCAAAGAUCCAAAGGUUUAUCUCUCUUCAAUAAGUCAAUUUUGUGCUGAAAUUGUGUUUUUUGGAUUCUCAACUUUCUUACCUCAAAUCGUUAAAGCCAUGGGUUAUUCAAUAUUAAAAACUCAAUUAUUGACAAUUCCUAUUUAUGUUGUUGGAUCUAUAUCUUUCAUCAUUAUUGCAUCUGCUUCUGAUUAUUUCAAAAAAAGAUUACCAUUCUUAUUAUGUGCUGCAUGUUUCCCGAUAAUUGGUUAUAUUAUCUUAUUAGCUUCAUCAGGUAACGCUGCUAAAAUGGGUGGUGUUUUCAUUUUAACAGUUGGUGCUUUUGCUGGUCCAGGUUUGAAUUUAAGUUGGUUGAAUAAUAACACUGCAGGUGAUUUGAAAAGAGCAACUUCUGUUGGUAUCCAACUUUCAAUUGGUAAUAUUUCAGGGGUGGUUAUUGGUCAAAUUUAUAGAUCUAAUGAUUCACCUAAAUAUACUUUAGGACAUGGAUUUUCUUUGGGUUGUAUAAUAGUUGCAGUUUUUUUCUAUUGUGCACAAGGGUUCUAUCUUAGACGUGAGAAUAACAAAAAACAAGCUCGUUUGUUAAAAGGUGACGUGAGACCUGAUGCUAGAGGAGAUGAAUCUGAUGAUUUUAUUUUCUACUUAUGA